AUAGACCUGAGCGGAAAAAAGGGCAUAGUCUUCGGGGUGGCCAACGACCGCAGCAUCGCAUGGGCCAUUGCCCGCAUUUUGGGCGAGGCCGGAGCUAGGCUCGCCCUGACCUAUCAGAAUGACCGUCUAAAGGACCGGGUAGCUCGCCUGGCCGAAACUGUUGACGGGUCUAUUGCCCUGCCCUGUGAUGCCUCUGACGACGACCAGAUCAGGACCGUGUUCGAGGAGGCAGGGAAAGCCUUCGGUGACAUUUCCUUCCUGGUCCACAGCAUUGCAUUCGCCAACCGGGACGACCUCGCUGGCCGUUUUGCCGAUACCGGCCGCGAGGGUUUCAGAGUUGCUCUGGACGUAAGCGCAUAUACCCUGAUUCCCCUCGUCAAACACGCCGCCCCCUUGAUGAAGGGCGGUGGCAGCAUAAUUGCCAUGACCUUCGAAGCAUCCCAAAAGGUGUACCCAGGCUACAACGUCAUGGGGACCGCCAAGGCCGCGCUCGAACACAGCGUCCGGCAGUUGGCUUCGGAAUUUGGGCAGGACAACAUUCGGGUCAACGCAAUAUCUGCCGGCCCACUGGACACUCUUGCCGCCAGGGGGAUUCAUGGGUUCCUGGACAUGAAAAAGAUCCAUGCGGAAAGGGCUCCGCUAAAGCGCAACAUCGUGGUGGACGAAGUUGCCAAGACCGCUCUCUUCCUUUGCAGCGAUAUGUCCAGCGGAAUCACAGGCUCAAUAAUUCCGGUGGACGCGGGCUACCACAUCAUGGCAGUUUAG